AGCUGCUAGAAAAUAAUACACGAUCGUUACUAAGGUCAGCAGGCUUCUAAGUCAGUCGGUCAGUCGGACCUCGCGAUUGAUCGACUGUCGAUCGGAACUAUCGGUCUCAUUUGUCAAGAAAAAUAUAUUCAAGAAGAAGAAACAAGAAUGCCGGACGCAAAGAAGAGAGUCUGCAUCGUCGGCAGCGGCAAUUGGGGUUCGGCAAUUGCAAAGAUCGUCGGUGCAAACGUCACGAAGUUUAACAAUAUAUUUGAGACUCGGGUGACAAUGUACGUGUACGAGGAAAUCAUUAACAAUGAAAAACUGACUAAUAUAAUCAAUACCCUCCACGAGAAUGUCAAAUACCUGCCUGGACACAAACUUCCAGAAAAUGUGGUUGCCGUGCCUGACGUCGUGGAGGCUGCCAAAGAUGCCGACAUUCUCAUUUUCGUCUUGCCGCAUCAGUUUAUUCGCACGUUGUGCUCGGCAUUGCUCGAUAACAUAAAACCAACUGCAGUCGGUCUUUCUCUCAUAAAAGGUUUCGGUCGGGGCGAAGGAAACAGCAUUGAGUUAAUCUCCAAGAUCAUCGAGAAAAAUCUGAGAAUACAAUGUAACGUUCUAAUGGGCGCCAAUCUCGCUAAUGAGGUUGCUGAAGAGAAAUUCUGCGAAACCACAAUUGGAUGCAAGGACAAACGAUUGGCGCCAGUGCUGAGGGAUCUCAUUCAGACUUCAAACUUUCGAGUUGUCGUCGUAGAAGAUUGCGAGACCGUUGAAGUUUGUGGAGCGCUCAAGAAUGUCGUAGCGUGCGCAGCCGGUUUCGUUGACGGACUUGGAUUGGGCGACAACACGAAGGCGGCGGUGAUCCGAUUAGGAUUGAUGGAGAUGGUCAAAUUCGUCGAUACCUUUUACAGCGGUUCUAAACUUUCCACAUUCUUCGAGAGCUGUGGCGUGGCGGAUCUGAUCACCACUUGCUACGGAGGCAGAAAUCGCAGAGUUUGCGAGCAAUUUGUCAAAACUGGCAAGACCAUUAAAGCGCUGGAGGACGAGCUGUUGAGCGGACAGAAGCUACAGGGACCAGCAACAGCGGAUGAGGUCCAUGACAUGCUGAAAGCGCGUAACCUGACGGACAAGUUUCCUCUGUUCACUGCGGUGCAUCGCAUCUGCACAGAUCAGUUGCGACCAGCGGAUUUGAUCGACCAGAUACGCAGUCAUCCCGAACAUGUGAUGAAGUUAGAGCAGGAAAGUACAGCAUAAUCAUCAUGUAAGAUAUGUGAAUUGAAUUUUUAAAUUGGAAAAAUUCAAUCCAAAUAUCUGAAACAAUUUAGGCAAAAGAGCUUGUACAUAUUCUAAACAUC